CCGCAGCUCGUCUGGCGCAUUCAGGGGGAGAAAAAAAAAAGAAAAGCGAAGCGAAGAAGGAGAAAAAUGAAAGCAAUAAGCCCCGUGCGGUCCUUCCGGAAGAGCAGCGCGAGUUUCUCGGAGCAAACGCUGGGGAUCUCGCGGAGCAAGACCCCGGUGGACGACCCGCUCAGCCUGCUGUACAACAUGAACGACUGCUACUCCAAGCUGAAGGAGCUGGUGCCCAGCAUCCCGCAGAACAAGAGCGUCAGCAAGAUGGAGAUCCUGCAGCAUGUCAUCGACUACAUCCUGGACCUGCAGAUCGCGCUGGACUCCAGCCUGCACCACCCGUCCCGGACCCCACUCACCGCCCUCAACACAGACAUCAGCAUCCUGUCAUUACAGUCUCCGGAGUUGCCCUCAGAGCUGCUGACAGAUGACAGCCGGACUCUGCAUCGUUAAAGCGGUGUUUGGUCAAGACGCAAAAAACACACACUCACAGACAGAUUGGACCAGAGGACUUUACACCCCUCUUCAACCUCUGUCCCACACCAAGCCUGGAUUCUUUUUUUUUUUUUUUUUUUUUUUCCUUCCUCCUCCUCUGCUGAAGCUGAAAACCAAGAGCUUUAUUUUGGGACAAUCUUAUGUGACUUAUGUGUUUGGACUUUAUUAUUUAACUUUAUUUUUUAUUUGAGUCCUUUCUGGAAAUGGAAGGCGCGUUAUAUUCCCAAAAAGUUGGGAGGGAAAAAAAAAACGAGAUUAUUGUCACGAGGAUUAUUUGCCGACCCCGGUUUGACCCCAGUUGUUGUCCUUCCUUGUUGAAGUCUUCGCUUUUUUUGCGGAGGUGACUAGAACUUGGUUAGUUACUGUACAUAAAUAAUAAAACAAAAACAAAAAAAACAAACAAAAAAAAAGUUUAGUCUCGUCUUGUCAGAAGUGUUGGCACAUGAAGGACUGGACUUUGUUUUGAACAAGAAGUGAAAAAGAAUGGAAUCUUGUGAACUCUUUGAGCGGAGUUUAUCUUGUAUAGUUGCAGGAAUUUGACACUUCUGCAAAAGUCUAAUGUUGUACUUAAUUAUGCUGAAACUUUUUAUAAAAGUAAUGUAAAUCGUACCUUUUUAUACAAAAAUAAAUGGGGAAAAACA